AUGGGGGAAAAGAAAUCAUCACCAGAAAGCGAACAUCUAGAGUCCAAUUUAAAGGAAGACCCUUCGACUAUCAUCCCAGAUCCAGGACAAGAGCGUCAACCAUACGGUGCAUCUGGGUUGAAAGGUGUGAUCACGAAUAAAUAUGUGGCAACAUGUGCUGCCUUCGCAACAUUGGGAGGAGCAAUGUUCGGCUACGACCAGGGUGUCGUCUCCGUAACCCUUACCAUGGACCAAUUCCUCGAAACAUUCCCUGAGGUUGGGGCAGAAGCAGCCGGAGCCGGUUUCCAAAAGGGCAUUCUCACAGCAAUGAUCGAGUUGGGGGCGUUCCUUGGAGCCAUGAAUCAGGGAUGGCUUGCAGAUAAGAUUUCACGGAAGUGGUCGAUCUUCGUUGCGGUGUGGAUCUUUGUCUUUGGCUCCGCGUUGCAGACCGGGGCAAUGAAUUUCCAAAUGCUCGUGGGUGCUCGGUUUGUGGGUGGAAUCGGUGUGGGCAUGCUGGCCAUGGUUGCGCCGUUGUACAUUUCGGAGAUUGCGCCUCCUGAGAUCCGUGGUACUUUGCUUGUAUUGCAAGAGCUCUCGAUCGUCGCUGCUAUUGUGGUUGCAUUUUACAUCACCUAUGCAACUCGCUUCAUCCCUAAUGAGUGGGCAUGGCGACUCCCCUUCCUCAUCCAGAUAAUACCUGCUUUGUUCCUCGGUGCCGGUAUACCCUUUCUGCCAUAUUCACCCCGUUGGCUCGCUGGCCGGGGACGGGAUGAAGAAGCGCUCCAGGUUCUUUGCAAGCUGCGAAGAGUGGAUGCUACCGACCCACGCGUAAUGCAGGAAUGGGUUGAUAUUCGAUCGGAGGCCGCCUACUGCACGGAAGUGAGCAUUUUGCGACAUCCCAAUUGCCAGGAUGGAAGUUACUCUAGUCGGGCUAUGCUUCAUGUGUGGAGCUAUUUGGACUGUUUCCGUAAAGGAUGCUGGAAGCGCACUCAUGUCGGCAUUGGACUGUUAUUUUUCCAACGCUCACUGGUGAUAUAUACAGAAUUCGGUGGUGUCAAUGCUCUGAUUUAUUACUCGCCCAGCCUCUUCGAAGGAAUGGGUCUCGACUACGAAAUGCAACUGAACAUGUCUGGUGUCGUGAACAUCUGCCAACUAGUCGCAUGUCUAUGGGCUUUGUGGGGAAUGGACAAAUUUGGCCGCCGGCCUUUGCUCUUCGGAGGUGCGGCAUGCAUGGCAAUCGCUCAUCUCAUUAUCGCCGUGCUCAUGAGCCAAUACCAAUCAGACUGGCCUUCUCAUCCAGCCCAGGCUUGGGUCUGUGUCGCAUUCCUGUUGGUUUUUAUGCUAACCUACGGAGGCACUUGGGGUCCAAUCCCCUGGGCGAUGCCGGCUGAAAUCUUCCCAUCUGCCCUUCGUGCUAAAGGUAUGGCUUACUCAACAAUGUCUGCUUGGCUCAACAACUUCAUCAUCGGGCUUAUUACACCACCGCUGAUACAAAACACCGGGUAUGGUACCUACGUGUUCUUUUGUCUUUUCUGUGCCUUCUCGUUCGUGUGGUGCUGGUUCUUUGUCCCAGAGACAAAGGGGCGCACGUUAGAGGAAAUGGAUGAAGUCUUCAAGGACAACAGCUCCAGUGAAGAGAAGAGACAACGAGCCCGUAUUGAGGCUUCCAUUUGGGCUCUCGCAGAUAAUAGGCCCAAUGGUGGAUUUGAGGGUGCACACAAGAUGAUCUGA